CUGAAGGAGUAAGUCCUGGACUGGUGCACUUGAGCCCCGCACUCUGAUGAUCAAUGAUCAUCUUUACACAAUGUGCGGGGUAACAGCGCGGGUCAGCUCUCACAUAUAGCAACCAAGGCACAUGAGAUUACGCACGACACGCAACACGACUCCUCCUCGACCCCCAAUUUAUCAUGUCGGCCAUCCAAGCCCAGCUCGACCAAGGUGCCGUCCCCAAUGCCAUCUCGAAUGUCUGCCCGCCGGGCACCAGGUUCCACCUCCUGGAAGUGGGCUGGCUGGAAUGCGACAAGGGCUUCGUCGUCCGCGGCGGCAACACCAGCCUCAAGUCCACCGAGCACCGCUCCUUUGUGAACGAACGCUGCGAGAUGCCCAUGUACUGCGUUCUGAUCGACCAUCCCCACGAAGGAUUGAUUCUUUGGGAAACCGGUAGUGGGAAGGACUACCCCGAGGUUUGGGGCCCGGUGGCGGUCGACAUUUUCGCGCGCGUGCGCUACGAGCCCCGCCAUGAGCUGCGCGCCGCCGUCGAGGCCACCGGCCAUCGCAUCGAGGAUAUCCGCAAGAUCAUUAUCGGGCAUCUCCACCUGGAUCAUGCCGGUGGGCUGGACGAGUUCUUCGAUCGCAAGGACGUCGAGAUCUGGGUGCAUGAGAAGGAGCUGACCAGUGCGUUCUGGUCGGUCGCGACCGGGGCGGAUAGUGGGGUCUACUUGGAGCAUUACCUGAAGUUAUCUUUAAAUUGGAAGACAUUCAACGACCAGACGCUCGACUUCUGCCAGGGCAUCACCCUCCACCAUCUCCCCGGCCACACCGAGGGGCUGAUCGGGAUGCAGAUCAACAUGCUCCACACCGGCACUUUCUUCUUCAUCAGUGAUCAUUGUCAUGUAAUCGAGAAUUGGCGCGAUGGGAUCCCUCAGGGCUGGCUGGCACGUGACCACCCCUCCUGGUUCCGGAGCACGCAACGGCUGAAGCAUCUCCAGCGCAUCACCAAGGGGCAGGUCAUUCCCGGCCAUGACAAGGGGAUAUUUUUGGACUUGCAGAAGCAAGCCGAUGUGUUUAUCUAACGGGUACAUCGCAGGUCUCGUCUGCUGUAGGCUUGCAGCCGACUGCUGCAUCAUGGCCCCGGUCAACUUCAUAUGUCUCAAAUGCUAAGCUCGUACGAUUUCUCCGGUGCAUUCGGUCGUGCGAUACCCAAUAGCUAGGGCUGGGACUAACUAAGUGAUCAACUAUGCAAUUAUGCAGACCGUCAAGUCAUGCCGUUGACAACUGCGAGUCAGUAUGGUGGGU